AUGGUUCACGGUGUCGUUCAGCUCCUUCCCCUCGAUGGUUCACGGUGUCGUUCAGCUCCUUCCCCUCGAUGGUUCACGGUGUCGUUCAGCUCCUUCCCCUCGAUGGUUCACGGUGUCGUUCAGCUCCUUCCCCUCGAUGGUUCACGGUGUCGUUCAGCUCCGUCCCCUCGAUGGUUCACGGUGUCAUUCAGCUCCUUCCCCUCGAUGGUUCACGGUGUCGUUCAGCUCCUUCCCCUCGAUGGUUCACGGUGUCAUUCAGCUCCUUCCCCUCGAUGGUUCACGGUGUCGUUCAGCUCCUUCCCCUCGAUGGUUCACGGUAUCAUUCAGCUCCUUCCCCUCGAUGGUUCACGGUGUCAUUCAGCUCCUCCCCUCGAUGGUUCACGGUGUCGUUCAGCUCCUUCCCCUCGAUGGUUCACGGUGUCGUUCAGCUCCUUCCCCUCGAUGGUUCACGGUGUCAUUCAGCUCCUCCCCUCGAUGGUUCACGGUGUCGUUCAGCUCCUUCCCCUCGAUGGUUCACGGUGUCGUUCAGCUCCUUCCCCUCAAUGGUUCACGGUGUCGUUCAGCUCCUUCCCCUCGAUGGUUCACGGUGUCGUUCAGCUCCUUCCCCUCGAUGGUUCACGGUGUCAUUCAGCUCCUUCCCCUCGAUGGUUCACGGUGUCGUUCAGAUCCUUCCCCUCGAUGGUUCACAGUGUCGUACAGCUCCUUCCCCUCGAUGGUUCACGGUGUCGUACAGAUCCUUCCCCUCGAUGGUUCACAGUGUCGUUCAGCUCCUUCCCCUCGAUGGUUCACGGUGUCGUUCAGCUCCUUCCCCUCGAUGGUUCACGGUGUCUUUCAGCUCCUUCCCCUCGAUGGUUCACGGUGUCGUUCAGCUCCUUCCCCUCAAUGGUUCACGGUGGCAUUCAGCUCCUUCCCCUCGAUGGUUCACGGUGUCGUUCAGCUCCUUCCCUCGAUGGUUCACGGUAUCAUUCAGCUCCUUCCCCUCGAUGGUUCACGGUGUCAUUCAGCUCCUCCCCUCGAUGGUUCACGGUGUCGUUCAGCUCCUUCCCCUCGAUGGUUCACGGUGUCGUUCAGCUCCUUCCCCUCGAUGGUUCACGGUGUCGCUCAGCUCCUUCCCCUCGAUGGUUCACGGUGUCGUACAGCUCCUUCCCCUCGAUGGUUCACGGUGUCGUUCAGCUCCUUCCCCUCGAUGGUUCACGGUGUCGUACAGCUCCUCCCCCUCCCCUCAAUGGUUCACGGUGUCGUUCAGCUCCUUCCCCUCGAUGGUUCACGGUGUCGUUCAGCUCCUCCCCUCGAUGGUUCACGGUGUCAUUCAGCUCCUUCCCCUCGAUGGUUCACGGUGUCGUUCAGCUCCUUCCCCUCGAUGGUUCACGGUGUCAUUCAGCUCCUUCCCCUCGAUGGUUCACGGUGUCGUUCAGCUCCUUCCCCUCGAUGGUUCACGGUAUCAUUCAGCUCCUUCCCCUCGAUGGUUCACGGUGUCAUUCAGCUCCUCCCCUCGAUGGUUCACGGUGUCGUUCAGCUCCUUCCCCUCGAUGGUUCACGGUAUCAUUCAGCUCCUUCCCCUCGAUGGUUCACGGUGUCAUUCAGCUCCUCCCCUCGAUGGUUCACGGUGUCGUUCAGCUCCUUCCCCUCGAUGGUUCACGGUGUCGUUCAGCUCCUUCCCCUCGAUGGUUCACGGUGUCAUUCAGCUCCUCCCCUCGAUGGUUCACGGUGUCGUUCAGCUCCUUCCCCUCGAUGGUUCACGGUGUCGUUCAGCUCCUUCCCCUCAAUGGUUCACGGUGUCGUUCAGCUCCUUCCCCUCGAUGGUUCACGGUGUCGUUCAGCUCCUUCCCCUCGAUGGUUCACGGUGUCAUUCAGCUCCUUCCCCUCGAUGGUUCACGGUGUCGUUCAGCUCCUUCCCCUCGAUGGUUCACAGUGUCGUACAGCUCCUUCCCCUCGAUGGUUCACGGUGUCGUACAGAUCCUUCCCCUCGAUGGUUCACAGUGUCGUUCAGCUCCUUCCCCUCGAUGGUUCACGGUGUCGUUCAGCUCCUUCCCCUUGAUGGUUCACGGUGUCUUUCAGCUCCUUCCCCUCGAUGGUUCACGGUGUCGUUCAGCUCCUUCCCCUCGAUGGUUCACGGUGUCAUUCAGCUCCUUCCCCUCGAUGGUUCACGGUGUCGUUCAGCUCCUUCCCCUCGAUGGUUCACGGUGUCGUUCAGCUCCUUCCCCUCGAUGGUUCACGGUGUCGUACAGCUCCUCCCCCUCCCCUCGAUGGUUCACGGUGUCGUUCAGCUCCUUCCCCUCGAUGGUUCACGGUGUCGUUCAGCUCCUCCCCUCGAUGGUUCACGGUGUCGUUCAGCUCCUGCCCCUCGAUGGUUCACAGUGUCGUACAGGUCUUUCCCCUCGAUGGUUCACGGUGUCGUUCAGCUCCUUCACCUCGAUGGUUCACGGUGUCAUACAGCUCCUUCCCCUCCCCUCGAUGGUUCACAGUGUCGUACAGCUCCUCCCCCUCGAUGGUUCACGGUGUCGUACAGCUCCUCCCCUCGAUGGUUCACGGUGUCGUUCAGCUCCUUCCCCUCGAUGGUUCACGGUGUCAUUCAGCUCCUCCCCUCGAUGGUUCACGGUGUCCUUCAGCUCCUUCCCCUCGAUGGUUCACGGUGUCGUUCAGCUCCUUCCCCUCAAUGGUUCACGGUGUCGUUCAGCUCCUUCCCCUCGAUGGUUCACGGUGUCGUUCAGCUCCUUCCCCUCGAUGGUUCACGGUGUCAUUCAGCUCCUUCCCCUCGAUGGUUCACGGUGUCGUUCAGCUCCUUCCCCUCGAUGGUUCACAGUGUCGUACAGCUCCUUCCCCUCGAUGGUUCACGGUGUCGUACAGAUCCUUCCCCUCGAUGGUUCACAGUGUCGUUCAGCUCCUUCCCCUCGAUGGUUCACGGUGUCGUUCAGCUCCUUCCCCUCGAUGGUUCACGGUGUCUUUCAGCUCCUUCCCCUCGAUGGUUCACGGUGUCGUUCAGCUCCUUCCCCUCGAUGGUUCACGGUGUCAUUCAGCUCCUUCCCCUCGAUGGUUCACGGUGUCGUUCAGCUCCUUCCCCUCGAUGGUUCACGGUGUCGUUCAGCUCCUUCCCCUCGAUGGUUCACGGUGUCGUUCAGCUCCUUCCCCUCGAUGGUUCACGGUGUCGUUCAGCUCCUUCCCCUCGAUGGUUCACGGUGUCGUUCAGCUCCUUCCCCUCGAUGGUUCACGGUGUCGUUCAGCUCCUUCCCCUCGAUGGUUCACGGUGUCAUUCAGCUCCUUCCCCUCGAUGGUUCACGGUGUCGUUCAGCUCCUUCCCCUCGAUGGUUCACGGUGUCAUUCAGCUCCUUCCCCUCGAUGGUUCACGGUGUCGUUCAGCUCCUUCCCCUCGAUGGUUCACGGUAUCAUUCAGCUCCUUCCCCUCGAUGGUUCACGGUGUCAUUCAGCUCCUCCCCUCGAUGGUUCACGGUGUCGUUCAGCUCCUUCCCCUCGAUGGUUCACGGUGUCGUUCAGCUCCUUCCCCUCGAUGGUUCACGGUGUCAUUCAGCUCCUCCCCUCGAUGGUUCACGGUGUCGUUCAGCUCCUUCCCCUCGAUGGUUCACGGUGUCGUUCAGCUCCUUCCCCUCAAUGGUUCACGGUGUCGUUCAGCUCCUUCCCCUCGAUGGUUCACGGUGUCGUUCAGCUCCUUCCCCUCGAUGGUUCACGGUGUCAUUCAGCUCCUUCCCCUCGAUGGUUCACGGUGUCGUUCAGAUCCUUCCCCUCGAUGGUUCACAGUGUCGUACAGCUCCUUCCCCUCGAUGGUUCACGGUGUCGUACAGAUCCUUCCCCUCGAUGGUUCACAGUGUCGUUCAGCUCCUUCCCCUCGAUGGUUCACGGUGUCGUUCAGCUCCUUCCCCUCGAUGGUUCACGGUGUCUUUCAGCUCCUUCCCCUCGAUGGUUCACGGUGUCGUUCAGCUCCUUCCCCUCAAUGGUUCACGGUGGCAUUCAGCUCCUUCCCCUCGAUGGUUCACGGUGUCGUUCAGCUCCUUCCCUCGAUGGUUCACGGUAUCAUUCAGCUCCUUCCCCUCGAUGGUUCACGGUGUCAUUCAGCUCCUCCCCUCGAUGGUUCACGGUGUCGUUCAGCUCCUUCCCCUCGAUGGUUCACGGUGUCGUUCAGCUCCUUCCCCUCGAUGGUUCACGGUGUCGCUCAGCUCCUUCCCCUCGAUGGUUCACGGUGUCGUACAGCUCCUUCCCCUCGAUGGUUCACGGUGUCGUUCAGCUCCUUCCCCUCGAUGGUUCACGGUGUCGUACAGCUCCUCCCCCUCCCCUCAAUGGUUCACGGUGUCGUUCAGCUCCUUCCCCUCGAUGGUUCACGGUGUCGUUCAGCUCCUCCCCUCGAUGGUUCACGGUGUCAUUCAGCUCCUUCCCCUCGAUGGUUCACGGUGUCGUUCAGCUCCUUCCCCUCGAUGGUUCACGGUGUCAUUCAGCUCCUUCCCCUCGAUGGUUCACGGUGUCGUUCAGCUCCUUCCCCUCGAUGGUUCACGGUAUCAUUCAGCUCCUUCCCCUCGAUGGUUCACGGUGUCAUUCAGCUCCUCCCCUCGAUGGUUCACGGUGUCGUUCAGCUCCUUCCCCUCGAUGGUUCACGCUCCUUCCCCUCGAUGGUUCACGGUGUCAUUCAGCUCCUCCCCUCGAUGGUUCACGGUGUCGUUCAGCUCCUUCCCCUCGAUGGUUCACGGUGUCGUUCAGCUCCUUCCCCUCAAUGGUUCACGGUGUCGUUCAGCUCCUUCCCCUCGAUGGUUCACGGUGUCGUUCAGCUCCUUCCCCUCGAUGGUUCACGGUGUCAUUCAGCUCCUUCCCCUCGAUGGUUCACGGUGUCGUUCAGCUCCUUCCCCUCGAUGGUUCACAGUGUCGUACAGCUCCUUCCCCUCGAUGGUUCACGGUGUCGUACAGAUCCUUCCCCUCGAUGGUUCACAGUGUCGUUCAGCUCCUUCCCCUCGAUGGUUCACGGUGUCGUUCAGCUCCUUCCCCUUGAUGGUUCACGGUGUCUUUCAGCUCCUUCCCCUCGAUGGUUCACGGUGUCGUUCAGCUCCUUCCCCUCGAUGGUUCACGGUGUCAUUCAGCUCCUUCCCCUCGAUGGUUCACGGUGUCGUUCAGCUCCUUCCCCUCGAUGGUUCACGGUGUCGUUCAGCUCCUUCCCCUCGAUGGUUCACGGUGUCGUACAGCUCCUCCCCCUCCCCUCGAUGGUUCACGGUGUCGUUCAGCUCCUUCCCCUCGAUGGUUCACGGUGUCGUUCAGCUCCUCCCCUCGAUGGUUCACGGUGUCGUUCAGCUCCUGCCCCUCGAUGGUUCACAGUGUCGUACAGGUCUUUCCCCUCGAUGGUUCACGGUGUCGUUCAGCUCCUUCACCUCGAUGGUUCACGGUGUCAUACAGCUCCUUCCCCUCCCCUCGAUGGUUCACAGUGUCGUACAGCUCCUCCCCCUCGAUGGUUCACGGUGUCGUACAGCUCCUCCCCUCGAUGGUUCACGGUGUCGUUCAGCUCCUUCCCCUCGAUGGUUCACGGUGUCAUUCAGCUCCUCCCCUCGAUGGUUCACGGUGUCCUUCAGCUCCUUCCCCUCGAUGGUUCACGGUGUCGUUCAGCUCCUUCCCCUCAAUGGUUCACGGUGUCGUUCAGCUCCUUCCCCUCGAUGGUUCACGGUGUCGUUCAGCUCCUUCCCCUCGAUGGUUCACGGUGUCAUUCAGCUCCUUCCCCUCGAUGGUUCACGGUGUCGUUCAGCUCCUUCCCCUCGAUGGUUCACAGUGUCGUACAGCUCCUUCCCCUCGAUGGUUCACGGUGUCGUACAGAUCCUUCCCCUCGAUGGUUCACAGUGUCGUUCAGCUCCUUCCCCUCGAUGGUUCACGGUGUCGUUCAGCUCCUUCCCCUCGAUGGUUCACGGUGUCUUUCAGCUCCUUCCCCUCGAUGGUUCACGGUGUCGUUCAGCUCCUUCCCCUCGAUGGUUCACGGUGUCAUUCAGCUCCUUCCCCUCGAUGGUUCACGGUGUCGUUCAGCUCCUUCCCCUCGAUGGUUCACGGUGUCGUUCAGCUCCUUCCCCUCGAUGGUUCACGGUGUCGUACAGCUCCUCCCCCUCCCCUCGAUGGUUCACGGUGUCGUUCAGCUCCUUCCCCUCGAUGGUUCACGGUGUCGUUCAGCUCCUCCCCUCGAUGGUUCACGGUGUCGUUCAGCUCCUGCCCCUCGAUGGUUCACAGUGUCGUACAGGUCUUUCCCCUCGAUGGUUCACGGUGUCGUUCAGCUCCUUCACCUCGAUGGUUCACGGUGUCGUACAGCUCCUUCCCCUCCCCUCGAUGGUUCACAGUGUCGUACAGCUCCUCCCCCUCGAUGGUUCACGGUGUCGUACAGCUCCUCCCCUCGAUGGUUCACGUUGUCGUACAGCUCCUUCCCCUCGAUGGUUCACGGUGUCGUACAGCUCCUUCCCCUCGAUGGUUCACGGUGUCGUACAGCUCCUUCCCCUCGAUGGUUCACAGUGUCGUUCAGCUCCUUCCCCUCCCCUCGAUGGUUCACGGUGUCGUAUAGCUCCUUCCCCUCGAUGGUUCACGGUGUCGUUCAGCUCCUUCCCCUCCCCUCGAUGGUUCACGGUGUCGUACAGCUCCUUCCCCUCCCCUCGAUGGUUCACGGUGUCGUACAGCUCCUUCACCUCGAUGGUUCACGGUGUCGUUCAUCUCCUUCCCCUCGAUGGUUCACGGUGUCGUACAGCUCCUUCCCCUUCCCCUCGAUGGUUCACGGUGUCGUACAGCUCCUUCCCCUCCCCUUGA